UGUGUGUGUGUGUGCAGUGUACAGUGUACACACCCGAGCUGCAGCAGCAAGUACAGUACACUAGCUAAUCUAUAUUAGCUAAAUUAGCUAGUAUUAGCUAGUUAAAUAGUUAGUUACGUAUAUUUCCGGUUGUUUAGGAAGAUUUAGCCGUCAUGUCCUACGCAAUGACCACCACUGUAGCGGUGACAGCCGGGGUGCUGGUGGUCUCCACUGUGGCAGUGUUGGGGUAUUUUUUUCUAGGCAGGAAGAAGAAGGCUCCGAUUACUUUGGUCGACCCGUCAGAAAAAUACAAGCUGAGACUCAUCGAUAAAGAGGUUAUUAGCCACGAUACACGCAAAUUUCGCUUUGCCCUGCCGAGCCCUGAGCACAUCCUGGGCCUGCCUGUAGGAAAACAUGUCUACCUCUCUGCUCGGAUCGAUGGAAACCUCGUUGUCCGUCCGUACACUCCAGUUUCCAGCGACGACGACAAGGGAUGUGUUGAUCUGGUGGUGAAGAUUUACUUCAAGAACGUGAACCCAAAGUUUCCUGAGGGAGGAAAGAUGUCUCAGUACCUGGAGAGCCUGAAGCUGGGAGAUGUUGUGGACUUCAGGGGUCCAGGAGGCCUGCUGGAGUAUAAGGGCAAUGGGCAGGUUGCUGUACAGGCUGAUAAGAAGUCUGAACCCGAGAUGAAGAAGGCCGCUACGCUGGGUCUGAUCGCUGGCGGGACAGGCAUCACCCCAAUGCUGCAGCUGAUCCGAGACAUCAUGAAGAACCCAAGUGAUAAAACCACCUGCAGCCUGCUGUUCGCCAACCAGACUGAAAAGGACAUUCUGCUGCGGGACGAGCUGGAGGAGAUCCAGGCCAGACACCCAGAGAAGUUUAAGCUGUGGUUUACUGUGGACCGAGCCCCGGAAGACUGGGAGUAUAGUGAAGGCUUCAUCAGCGCCAGCAUGAUCCAGGAGCACCUCCCUCCACCCAGUGACGAGUGCAUUAUCCUGAUGUGUGGCCCGCCUCCCAUGAUCCAGUUCGCCUGUAACCCCAACUUGGACAAGCUGGGCUACAGGCAGAGCCAGCGCUUUACCUACUAGUCCUAUCGACCAAUGCUCCUGAGUUUGGAUUGGACUGAUUAAAUGAAACCGCCCCAAAGCUGACAGCACUUCAUCAAAACCACCAAAGCCUCUGCAGACGCACAAGUCUCUCCUCAGGAUAAGCAGAUCAGUCUUAGAAACCACCACAGACAUGGUCCUAAUCCUAAUCCUAAAUCCUAAAUCAGACUACUCUUAGAUGCUGUGUGAGUACCAGCUCUGGUACUUCAGCCUAAACCAAUCACUGCUGAUCUGCUAAACUUGUCCAAGUGCCGCCCUGGCGAGAGACCGAACCGUGCCGUUAAAAAUGACUGUGUACAUAACUGUGUACAUAUAGACCACUGAAGUUGUGUUGUCAUUUUGUAGUAAACACUCCAGGUCCGAUGUUCAUUUUCAGUGGCAGAAAUGAAUGGAGUUCGGGGUUAGAGACAAAUGUGGGCAUACUGAGGAUUUCAAAAUGAAGCACAACUUCAUUGGUCUGUUGGUUUUGCUUUUUUGCUCAGGUGUUAUUUUGCUAAAUGAGUAUUUACCAUUAGUAACUGUGUGCUGAAGCACUAAUACACUUAAAACCUUUGAUGUGCACUUGUUGACAUUGCUGUUUGACAGCCAAUGAAGCUGGAUCUCACAUGUAUGGCUGUAUCACUGUGUUAUAAUGUAACAGUGUAAUGAAAUAUAUAGUAUAUGUAUUUUGUUCUGAAGUGCAUGCAGCUCUCACUCUAUAUAUUUUGAAGUGUUCAAUGUAAUGUGCUUUUGUUUGGCAAAAUAUAAUCUAUUUUAUGAACAUAAAGAGCUUGUUACAGUGCA